GUGUGUGUGCAACGGGGAAGGGCUGUGCCUUCUGUGUUUGGUUUAAGGUGAACUUCAGUGCCUCAGAAAAACACCGGAAACAUGGCUACCGCGCAUCGCUUGGUGAUUGUCCGCCACGGUGAGAGUGCCUGGAACCAGGAGAACCGUUUCUGCGGCUGGUUCGACGCUGACCUCAGUGAGAAAGGUGUGGAGGAGGCCAAGCGCGGUGCUCAGGCCGUCAAGGAUGCCGGCAUGAAGUUUGAUGUGUGCUACACCUCGGUGCUGAAGCGUGCCGUGAAGACCCUGUGGACCAUCAUGGAGGGCACAGACCAGAUGUGGGUGCCCGUGAUCCGCACAUGGCGCCUGAACGAACGCCACUACGGCGGCCUCACCGGUCUCAACAAGGCUGAGACAGCUGCAAAGCACGGCGAGGAGCAGGUCAAGAUCUGGCGCCGCUCCUUCGACAUCCCCCCUCCCCCCAUGGACAAGGACCACCCUUACCACAAAGUCAUCAGUGAGUCAAGGCGCUACAAGGACCUGAAGGCCGGUGAGCUGCCCACAUGUGAAUCACUGAAGGACACCAUCGCCCGUGCCCUGCCUUUCUGGAACGAGGUCAUCGCCCCUGUGAUCAAAUCUGGAAAGAACGUCAUCAUCGCUGCCCAUGGCAACAGUCUCCGUGGCAUCGUCAAGCACUUAGAGGGUAUGUCUGAUGAGGCCAUCAUGGAGCUGAACCUGCCCACAGGAAUCCCAAUCGUGUACGAGCUGGACGCAAACCUGAAACCCGUCAAGCCCAUGGCCUUCCUGGGUGACCCAGAAACCGUGAAGAAGGCCAUGGAGGCUGUGGCCGCUCAGGGCAAGGUCAAGAAGUAAGCCGGCCCCCGAGGCUCCACAAGGAAUCAGAAAAAGAGACUGUUCCCCCUUACACCCAAACAGCUACAUCUUUUUCUUCCAUUUAUCUGUCUGUCCUUUACCAAUUAACCUUCACCUGAAGUCCAUUCCAACGGGGAACAUGUUGAUGCUCCCACUGGAGACGGGCCAUUUGCAGCAAGUUAGACUUUUGUUUUUUAAAACGGCAGACACUGUCAGUAACACUAUGUACAGGGUGAAAGUAAUGACCUGUCAAUCAAAGCAGAGGGCCUAGCCCUACCUUUUGUCCACACACUCAAAGACCCACACACUGUGGCAGAAGCUCAGCCUAGCAAAAUUUAGCUAAGCCCUUUUUUGAGGGCCAC